CUGCAAGCGCCGCGCCGUCCGCCUUAUGAGCGCGAUGCGGCGCCGCGCCACCCGCGGGCCUAGCCCGCCGCCUCCCCGGGCCCGGGUCCCGUCGCUGCCGCUGCUUCUGCUCGCGCUGGCCGCCCGUGGGGGCUGCGCCGCACCCGCGCCCCGAGCCGAGAACCUCAGCCUGGGAGUGGAGUGGCUGAGCAGGUUCGGCUACCUGCCCCCAGCAGACCCGGAAACGGGGCAGCUGCAGACGCCAGAGGAGCUGUCCAAGGCCAUCGUGGCCAUGCAGCGGUUCGGAGGCCUGGAGGCCACUGGCGUCCUGGAUGAGGCCACCCUGGCGCUGAUGAGAACCCCGCGCUGUUCCCUCCCUGACCUCCCAGCUGCAGCCCCGGCUCGAAGGAGGCGCCAGGCUCCGGCCCCGACCAAGUGGGGCAGGAGGAACCUGUCAUGGAGGGUCCGCACGUUCCCGCGGGACUCGCCCCUGGGCCGCGACACCGUACGCGCGCUCAUGCACUACGCGCUCAAAGUCUGGAGCGACCUCACGCCCCUGAACUUCCACGAGGUGGCCGGCAGUGCCGCCGACAUCCAGAUCGACUUCUCCACAGCUGACCACAACGACCGCUACCCCUUCGACGGCCCCGGCGGCGCGGUGGCCCACGCCUUCUUCCCGGGCGACCACCACACCGCAGGGGACACCCACUUUGACGACGACGAGGCCUGGACGUUCCGCUCCUCAGAUGCCCACGGCAUGGACCUGUUCGCAGUGGCUGUCCACGAGUUCGGCCACGCCAUCGGGCUGAGCCACGUGGCGGCCACACGCUCCAUCAUGCAGCCGUACUACCAGGGCCCGGUGGGCGACCCGCUGCGCUACGGGCUCCCCUAUGAGGACAGGGUGCGCGUCUGGCAGCUGUACGGCGUGCGGGAGUCCGUGUCCCCAACGGCACAGCCGGACACCCCGGAGCCCGAGGAGCCGCCCCUCCUGCCGGAGCCCCCUGACGAUCGCUCUAGCAGCCCGCCCAGGAAGGAUGUGCCCCACAGAUGCAGCGCCCACUUUGACGCCGUGGCCCAGAUCCGAGGCGAGGCCUUCUUCUUCAAAGGCAAGUACUUCUGGCGGCUGACCCGGGACCGGCACCUGGUGUCGCUGCAGCCGGCGCAGGUGCACCGCUUCUGGCGGGGCCUGCCGCCGCGCCUGGACAGUGUGGAUGCCGCGUACGAGCGCCCCAGUGACCACAAGAUCGUCUUCUUCAAAGGAGACAGAUACUGGGUGUUUAAGGACAAUAACGUAGAGGAAGGAUACCCGCGGCCCAUCUCGGACUUCGGCCUCCCGCCGGGCGGCGUCGAUGCUGCCUUCUCCUGGGCCCACAAUGACAAGACUUAUUUCUUUAAGGACCAGCUGUACUGGCGCUACGAUGAGCACACACGGCGCAUGGACCCUGGCCACCCCGCCCAGAGCCCCCCAUGGAGGGGCGUCCCCAGCACACUCGACGCUGCCAUGCGCUGGUCCGACGGUGCCGCCUACUUCUUCCGCGGCACGGAGUACUGGAAGGUGCUGGACGGCGAGCUGGAGGUGGCGCCCGGGUGCCCGCAGUCCACGGCCCGGGACUGGCUGGUCUGCAGAGACCCGCCCGCUGACCCCGAGGGCGCAGACGGAGAGGCCGGGGCCCACGCCCGGCCGGGGCAGCGCGACCACAGCCGCUCGGAGGACGCCUACGAGGUCUGCUCCUGCACCUCCAUCGCCGCCCCAGCACCGCGGGCCGCGGACCCACUGCUGGCCGCGCUGCUGAGCUUCCUGUGGACAGCGGCCCGGGCCCUGGCGCUAUGACAUUCGGCGCUGGCCUGCGACAGGACAGAAGGGGCCACGGCCCAGAGCCACAAAGUGCAAGGACUGAUGCCCGCCCCUCCAGCGCCUGAGCCAAGCGUCCCUGCAGAGCGGACCCCGCCUUGCAGAUGGGGACGGCGCCACCAGCCCCCGGGCCGAGGCCACCGGGUGCAGCCUCCCCGACUCGGCAGAGGCCAGCAGAGGGCGCUGCUCCCCGGGCGCGGAUGCAGGGGGAGCGCCCGCCUGGCCUGCCUGCCCUCUGCCAGCUGGGGAGACUGCGUCACGUUCCGGCCGCAUCGGGGCCGGGAGCCGUCCUUUCAGCGAGCGAGUGACUGAAUCUCACGGAGACUGACCGAGGAGCCAGGGGUACCCGGCAGGGCUGGGGGCGUUACAUCAGGUCCGCAGGCCCUGGCAAGAGCAGCCCGGAGGCCCACGGGCACCCCCUCCCCAUCACCUGCCGUAAAGCCGCCCCUGGUGCUUCCGCCCGCCCGUGGGGCUUCCUCUCCUGGUCCCAGUGGGCCUGCCGGCUGCCUUGACCAGGGCAGCCGCCUCCACGGGCGAGCCCCCAAGCUGGGGCCGUGGUGGGCUUCCCUUGUGACGCGUUUCAGACAAACACGAUCUCU